AUGAAUGGGAAUAGAUCUAGCACUAGUAGUAAGAAGCUGUUGCCUUACGGAGAUGGGUCUAACAAGAUAUUUGGCAUGGAGAAUUUUGGGAAUACGUGUUAUUGCAAUUCUAUAUUGCAAUGCUUGUUCUAUACAGAGAAUUUCCGUACACAAUUGGCCCAGCAUAACAUUACAGUACACGAUAGAAAACUAUCUGUUGCAGGGGUAAAACCACACGGAUUCACCACUAAAUAUGAGCAAAUGGUGGCUAAAAGAGCGAAAGAACAAGGUAAGAGCCCUCAAUCGCUGGCUGUUAAUGAAACUACUGAGAGACCCAAAUCUUCAAGAAAAGGAUCUAUAUUUGGCAUUAAAUUCAAUUCGAAUAAUUCUAGCAGCAAUAACAAUACGAAAAAUAUGAACGGUUCGAACGAAUCUGACAUAAAUAAAAAUUCCAUGAUAGUUGAAGCCAGAAACUGCGAGGCACUUUCAACUCAGCAACGCAUAUUAAUUAAGAAAAGCAUAGAUUUUCAGAACUUACCAUUAUUGAUAACAAGAUCCUCCUCGAAUCCAGCAAAUCCAGCAAAUAAAAAUAAUUACUCACAAUCAUCAUCCAUGUUAUUGAAUAACGAUCAAAGUAAUACAAAUGGAAAUAAUGGCACUCAAAAUGGAUCCCAAAAAGACGAAAUAUCAAUCACACCACAAUCAUGUGUAGUAAUAAUUGGUAUUCCUCAACCAGAACCAUAUUUAAGUAGUCAAAUUUAUCCUAUCAAUCCUAAUCCAUCAAUAGACCAAAGAAAAAGAUCAGCAUUAAUUAACGGACCUAUAAUCAAUUUAGACCAUUCUCUACAACUUCCAACGCAGCAAUCAGAUGAUUCUGCUUUAUUAUAUUCUUUGAAGGAUAUUUUCGAGAGUAUGAUAGAAAAUAAAUCGCAAACAGGGGUUGUUUCCCCAACAUACUUCAUUAAUAAACUAAAAGAUAAAAACUACUUAUUCCGACAAAAUAACAUGCACCACGAUGCUCAUGAAUUCUUUAAUUAUUUAAUUAACGAGAUAAUUGAGUGUUUGGAUAAGGAAAAUGGACCCCAAAAUAACUGGUGUAAUAAAUUAUUCCAAGGGUUAAUUACCAAUGAAACUAAAUGUUUAUCCUGUGAGACUGUAACAUCUAAAGAAGAAACAUUCUUGGAUUUAUCAGUUGAUGUUCCACCUGGUGAAAGCUCAUAUUCGUUAACAUAUUCAUUGAAUAAUUUUUCAAGACUGGAAACAUUAACACAUCAAAACAAAUUUUAUUGUAAUACGUGUUCUUCAUUGCAAGAGGCCACUAAAACUAUUAAAUUAAAGGAUCUUCCUGAAAUUUUAGUAAUUAACUUUAAGAGGUUUAAGUAUGACGAAAAUGUUGAUAAAAUGGUCAAACUAUUUGAUUCAAUAUCAUAUCCUUCAACAUUAAGAUUAUUUAAUACCACGACAACUUCCAAGAAAAAUGAAGAUAAGUCAGAGGAUGACUUCUCUCUUUACGACUUAUAUGCUUUGGUUGUUCACAUAGGUGGCGGUCCAAUGCAUGGCCAUUAUAUUUCUUUAUGUAAAAUUAAGGCUAAAUUGUGGUUACUAUUUGAUGAUGAAACAGUUGAGUUGGUAGAUGAUGCAUAUGUUAUGCGCUUUUUUGGUAAUGGACCAGGGUUGGCAAGUGCUUAUAUUCUAUUUUAUCAAAAAUGUGAUACAACUGAUAAUUCUGAAGAUGCCAUUGAUUUUGGGUUUAAUAUUAAUGAUUUGUACGAUGGUGGUGAUUACUCAUUAGCACAGAAUUUCCGUAAUACUUCAGUCUAUGAUAAUUCAAGUAUUUCUACCACAUCUGUAAGGAAAACGUCUUCUGUAUCAUCAGCCAAGUUUAAUAACCCAGUGGUAGAAGAAGCAAACAAUGAUAUUGAAAAAUCAUUCAGUAGGUCCUCAUCUGAAACAUUUGAAACUAAAGAUUACCUUCCACUGGCUACAUCAUCCGAUGCUGGAUCAUUUUCCAAGAGACAAUUUAUGAAUCCUUUCAAAGAUCCCCCAAUAAAAGAAUCCAGUGAGUCUCGCCCUACAAGUCUUAAUUUAUCAACUUCGAAUAAGACAUUCUCUGAAAACGAGAAAGAAAUACAGACACCAAAAUCGGAAAAAAAGAGCUGGGUAGGUGGCUUAAAGAGAAGAGAAUCAAAAUUGGUAAGUACAUUACCAGGCAUAGAACGAAAAUCAUCUUCCACUAGCAUGAAAACUAUUUCAAGCCAGAAAGGUAACUGUAAUACUAAUAACGGCACGAUUGAAACUACCAAUACAGCCGAAAAAGAGAAGAAAAAAGGAUUUUUCGGCUUCAGAAGAAACAAGUAA